CUAAAGUCUUCUAUGGAUUUCCUAAAAGCCGAACUUGAGAGGAAGCGCAAGCAGCUAACACUAUCCAAAUCUGUUAAGGAACCAGAGAGGAAAUACUUGAAACGAGCAGAACUAGAGAUUCUAGUGCGACAGCAGGGAGAAGGUUCUGCUGGAGAUGAACUGAAGUCUCCUAAUGAUCCGUUGACUCCAAUUGCUAAGAAGGGGAGUGGACUGGAUGAAGAGGAGCUGCAGAGUCCUGAUGAACCUCUUGCAAGAUCGCAUUCAGAGGUUAUUCGUCGCUUACGUGAACGUGGAGAACCCAUUCGCUUAUUUGGAGAGUCAGAUGUUGAUGUUUGGCGUCGACUUCGACAGAUUGAAAUUCAAGCACCUGAAGUUGUGCGAGGAUUAAGGAAUGAUCUGAAAGAUGCAAUGGACAAAAUAGAUAAACAAUAUCUGGAUGAGUUGAUCAAGUCACAGGGAACUGACAAAGCUAAAUUAGAAGCCGACGUUCAAGUACCUGAAGAUGACACAACCAUGGAUGAUUUGGUGGAAAUGUCUAAGAAAUUGGGCAAAGGAGACCCAAAUCUUGACCAAGAAAUUAUUUUGAAAUUUUUAAAGUUGCUGGUGACAGUAUGGGGACGAGAGUUGAAUGAUCGUCCUGAAACUGAAAAGAGGUCCAUGCAGGGAAAGCUUGUGUCAGCUACACACAGUCAGACUGUUUCGUACUUGAAGCCUUUGCUUAGAAAACUUAAGAAGAAGAACGCUCCACCUGACAUUCGAGUGGCUUUGUCUGAAAUUGUCGGCUUUAUGAUAGAACGAGACUAUAUUCAGGCACAUGAGGCAUACCUUCGAAUGGCUAUUGGCAAUGCACCUUGGCCUCUUGGUGUCACAAUGGUUGGCAUUCAUGCUCGAACGGGACGAGAGAAAAUCUUUGCACAGAAUGUAGCUCAUGUAAUGAAUGAUGAAGUUCAACGAAAAUACAUUCAAGGUCUCAAGCGGCUUAUGACAGUCUGUCAGAGGCACUUUCCAACAGACUUAACAAAAUGUGUUGAUUUUAAUGUCUAAUUGUUUAAUGUCUUGUACAUUGUACGUUACAUCAAAUUUAGAUACAAUAAAGAAACGUAUUUAUCAACAAAUUAUCAAAGAUUAACUAG